CAGAUUAUAUGAAAUAGUUUAAUAUAAUCUGUGAUGAUAGUAUGUAUGUGAUAACAAUAGCAGACUGGUAAUCUUAUCAAAGCGUAUCAAAUAUUAUCGACCUUGAAACUUUGGCAGGUGUUUUUAUCGAUUCAUCUUGUUGAUGAGUAUAACAAAUAAAAAUAAAACUAGUAAAUACUCGAUAGGCGAUAUCGUAGGUCGCACAUAACUUUAGUGUUAAGAUGAUCAUGUAAUUCGCGCAGUUGAUAUGAAUGAAGCGGGGCAUCAUUGGUAAAAAGUUUGAGAAGUCUUGAGUGGCGUUUUCAUUCUCUUGAAUAAUAAUUUCCUGUUACACUGCUAUUCGGCGGACAAGUGCGCUCACUUGACGACGAAAUGCACUAUACCACUUUCCGUCUGAAGUCUUAAAUCUCAACCCAGUGAGUAGUAGGAUCGGGGUGUUAACCAGUCGUGUUGAAUACAAUAAUGCAACACAGUAGUGGCGUGAUCGGCAAACCGGAUACAAUUAAACCAGCCAAACACAAUGGCGGCAACAUUGCUGGCAUGUACGACCUGGAACAAACAAUUGGUAAAGGACAUUUUGCAGUGGUCAAAUUGGCCAGUCAUGUUUUUACGGGUGAACAGGUAGCCGUCAAAGUAAUCGACAAGAACAAGUUGGAGGAAGUUUCUAGGAAUCAUCUAUACCAAGAGGUCCGAUGUAUGAAAUUAGUACAACAUCCAAAUGUUGUGAGAUUAUAUGAGGUGAUUGAUACGCACAGUAAAUUGUAUCUCAUACUUGAACUAGCAGAUGGUGGAGAUUUAUAUGAUUACAUCAUGCGACAUGAGAGUGGAUUGUCAGAAAAAUUGGCUUGUGAAUAUUUUGCUCAAAUUGUAAGAGCAAUAUCAUACUGUCACAAAUUACAUGUUGUUCAUAGAGAUUUAAAACCUGAAAAUGUAGUAUUUUUUGAAAAACAAGGUGUUGUCAAACUUACAGAUUUUGGCUUUAGCAAUACAUUUUGCCCUGGUCAAAAAUUAGAAACAUUCUGUGGUUCAUUAGCUUAUUCAGCUCCUGAAAUUUUAAUUGGAAAUUCAUAUAAUGCUACAGCUGUUGAUAUUUGGUCAUUGGGUGUUAUCCUGUACAUGUUGGUAUGUGGUGAAGCACCAUUUCAUUCUGCUAAUGACAGUGAAACUGUAACUAUGAUUAUGGACUGCAAGUAUAAAGUAUCCAAUCAUGUAUCGGAAGAAUGUAAAAACCUCAUAGGCCGUAUGCUUGUACGAAACCCUGAGAAACGAUCUACUCUUGAUGAAAUUGCAGCAGAUGUUUGGUUAAAAGAUGCAAAAGUAGUAAAUGAUGAUGAAAGUCCAUUAGUGUCUAAACAAUUAAUUAAUGAAGAUGACCAUGCAUUAAUUGUGCAAAGAAUGAUUAGUGGAAAAAUUGCUACUAAAGAACAAAUUAUAGAGGCUUUAGACAAAAAUGAAUAUAAUCAUAUAACAGCUACUUACUACUUGCUCGCAGAAAGAAAACUGAAAUCAGCAAUACCAAAAAAACCUCAAAUUUGUAAAAGUAAUAUGAAUGUUCCUCAGUUGAAAGUAGAUAAUUGUGUUCAAAAUAAUGCUUCUGAGGUGGUUAGUGUAGCACCAAAAUCUGCCAUAUUAGGGUCUUUGCAUUCUGAUCGUCCAAAAAGAACUCGCAAGUGUAGUGUUGUAGUCGAAGAAGAAGAUGAAAAAGAAAUUGAGGAAGAGGAUAAUAGUUCUUUAAAUAGAAGAGGCUCUCGAUCUGAAGGAAAAUUGAAUACUGUAGCUUCUGAAUUACGAAAAAAAAAACUUUCUAUCGCUGAACUUCAUGAAUUAAAUACUGUUCCUAUUUCCAUUGCUGUCAACAAGACGCCACCUCUUUUUGUAUCUACUCAAAGUUCACCUCAGCUACUUCUCGAUGAUAAACAAAAUAGAAAUAGCAGUAACUGUAUAACAUAUGAACAGAGACGAAGCAAAAUGCAUAAAAACCGUACAGCAUCCUGUAGCAGCUCAGAAACUAGUGAUGAUGAUACAGAAGGCCGUAAAAAACGAGGCAGUAGUAGAUCAUUACCAUCAUUUAAAGGUAAUGAUAAAGAUCCCGAUAAUGAUGGAAUGGGCAGUUCUGGUGGUCGAGGAUCAGAACCCACUCAAGAACAUGACACUAGUGAACGAGAAAAAGAUGAAAAUGGUGGAAAUAAAGCUGAAAGGCCUAAUGAAAGUGCUGCUGGAAGAAGACGAUGCAUAAGUUCUAAUGCUAGAAGUCGAAGAGGUCGAUCAGCUGAAACCAGAUUGAGGGAAAGCCAAAGUUUGAAUCGUAUUACUGAGGUCCAAGAAUCAGAAGUACAUACUCCAAGUUCAACUGUUAGUUCCAAUAAUUUUGAAUUUAACAGAAACAUUCAAGUAUCUUCAAACAAUGUGAUUAAUGAAAAAAAUCUUUCAACGACAUCAACUGUAUCACAGCAUAAUAAACAUCAAGCAUCUAAACGUAUCUCAUUGUUUAGUAGGUACUUAAAUUUACAAAAAAAACUUUGUACACAAAUUCUAUUUAGCAAAAAGAACAAUGAUAAUCGUUUAUAUAAAGCAAAAUCUUGUUCGGAAAUGGCAAACUCUAAAAUAGGUAUUAGAGAAGUGAGUGUAGAUAGUUAAUGACUUUGCAUAUGCACUAAAAUGUAUUAUUUAAUUUAAAUGUAAUAAGUCAAACAAUACUUUAAUGUAUUAACUUUUUUUUAACUAUUUCAAAAAAAAAAAGAAAAAUCUUAACGUCCAAUUUUAUAGUAUCUCUAUAGUUCCCUUUAAUAUAUUAUUAUACCAUUAAUAUUUAGUUACAAUAUUUUAUCUAUCUCU